AUGUCGAGUCCACGAAUGCGAGUACGUUCCAACUCUUCAUCCAUACGAUCAACAUCACCUUAUCCAUCGUCUUCUUCUGCUCGACCCACCACAACACCUCCUAGCGCAUGGCAGCAACUCGUUGUUCAUGCUAGCUCGGCAGCAGGCAGCACAGCAGCUGUUAUUAGUGAAGAAUCAAUGAAAUGCCUUAAAUACUGCUUGAGCUGGUUACAAUACGCUAUGCGACACAUCGAACAACAAAUGAACGUGCUUCGAGACUUUUUAGUUUCCUUAGCUUCUUCUCAACAACAACAACAACACUCUUUGGCCCCUCAUCAUCCCAACAACAACAUGCAUCGUUCUCAUCUCUCUUCUAUCAAAAAAGACAUCGUUGACACGCUACGCAAGGUGGUUGACGUGAUAAGUCGAUAUGCAAGCAACAGCCUUCCACAUCAGGCAAAAAUGGCUGUGCGUGGAUUCAUUCUUGAUCUUCCGGGCCGUUGUGCAACUCUGAGUGACAUUCGUUCAACAGCCACAUCACCCGCUGCUUCACCCCUCUUGACACCCACAAAUGAAGGUCUUCCUCAAGAACAAACGGCGAUCCGGUUAUUAACGUUUGGUCAAGAAUCUGUUGAUAUGCUUCAAUCCGUCUCCGUUGUCUUUUCAGACACUGUGGACCGUGCAGAGCUGUGGUUGGAUAAGCUGCGGAGCGUACGCGGAACAAACAAUCCUCAAGCAUGUGACAACACUGAAAACAACUCGUGA